CGCAUAUUCUAGGCGAUGUAGUACUAUAUAAUAGAGUAGUACUAUUACACAGUGACAUGCUGUGUAACGCAUCUGAGCCUUGCAUUAAAACAGUUUUAAUACUUCGGUUCUAAAGCGUCACUUCCGAGCUGAAUGUUUGGAAUGGCCAAAAAAAGACCAAAGUUCACAAAGUUGACCGUUGACCUCACAGCAUACAGGAUAGCUCAGUCAUGGCGCUGUGCGAGUGCACUGUGGUUGUUUUGGUCGCCUGGUUCACCAGGAUUCACCUCACCAUAGCGCAGGAGGAGUUGUUUUACACGGCAGCAGUGUAUGAGCACAGAGUUCACCUGAACCCGGACCCGAAGGUGGUCGUGGGACGGAACGCCGCGCUGCAGCAUAUGAACCAGAACCUGGAGGUGUUUGAGAGACAGGCGACGGCCGCUGCAGAGCAGGGAGCUCAGAUUCUGGUGUUUCCAGAGGACGGCAUCCACGGAUUCAACUUCACCAGAGCAUCUAUAGCUGCAUACCUGGAGACGGUGCCAGAUCCUGGAGCAGUGAAGUGGAGCCCAUGUGCAGAUCCUGACAGAUUCCAAAACACAGAGGUCCUGCAGCGUUUGAGCUGCAUGGCUCAGAAGAAUAGUCUCUUCCUGGUGGCCAACAUGCCUGACUGCCAGCCUUGUAACAGCUCAGUCGACCCUUUAUGUCCAGCUGACGGCCGCUAUCAGUUUAACACCAACGUCGUUUUUAGUGACAACGGCACCAUCGUGGCGAGGUACCACAAACAGAAUCUGUACUUCGAGGCGGAAUUCGACACCCCUCCCAAGUGCGAGUAUGUGACGUUCACUACUCCGUUCGCCGGACGCUUUGGGGUGUUUACCUGUUUUGAUAUAUUAUUCCGGGAUCCAGCUGUGACCCUGGUGGAGGACAUGGGCAUCAGACAGUUUGUGUUCCCGACAGCUUGGAUGAACCAGCUCCCCCUGCUGGCCGCUGUGCAGUUCCAUCGUUCUUUCUCUUAUUCAGCUGGUGUCACUUUGCUGGCUGCAAACCUCCGCUCAGCGGCUUUUGGUAUGACAGGAAGUGGGAUUUAUACACCCUGGCAUGCGCUUUAUCAUCACGACAUCAGUAAGAACGAGGUUGGAAAACUGCUGGUGCUUAGAGUGCCGGUCUUGGAUCCUUUACUGCUAGGGGACGCUCCAGAGAGGGCUAGUUUAAAAUUAGUGCCCUUCUCCGGCUUUCCCAGAGUGGAUAUAGGAAAGGAACUAGAGGUUAGACAUUUCCAGAUAGGAUCAGACUCAGAAUUUUGCCUAAAAGAGGAUCUCAGUUGUAAUAAAUCGUCCUCUCCAUUUACCUCCACGAUGAUGUAUGAUAAAUUCACCCUAGUGUUACUACAUGGCAAAGAAGGGAACCUCACAGCAUGUGAUGGCUCAUUCUGCUGCCACUUGCUCUUCCAGAGGAUGAAUUCCACCUCUGAAGAAGAGAUGUAUGCCCUGGGGGCUUUUAAAGGCCUCCAUGGUGUCCAUGGGACAUACUACCUGGAGGUGUGUGCUUUAGUGCGAUGCACAGGGCUUCAUCAGGAAAGCUGUGGAGGAGAGACAGAGUAUGCGCACACGCUAAUCGACUUUCACCUGCAUGGCACAUUCAGUACCAAACACGUGUACGCUAGUGUGCUGGGGAGUGGGAUGAUUCUGGAACGACCGGAUGAAUCAGGCUGGGAUAGCGACAGGUUUUAUAUGAGCCGGAGAGGAAUGAGCAGCGGCCUAGUGACCGCAGUGCUUUAUGGGAGAGUCUAUGAGAAAGAUAGUGAAUAAAGUCACGCACUCAGUUCUCUUUCAGUAUUGUAUCCAUGUUACAAAAAAUUUGCA